UUGGGAAACGUUUUGGUGACGUCACACUGGCCAGCGCCCCUACGCAGACACAAGUUAGAACACGCGCUCACCCCGAGGAGAAGAAGAAGCUCCAGCCGUUGAAGAACAUGGCUGUCACCAGACUACAGAGGAAAACAACCACCACAAUGCUUUGCUGAAAGUCGUCGACGGACUACCUGAGCCCCGAUCUAAUACUGCCAAUGCAAAGGAAACCUCAGCGUUACACACCAAGUUCAUCCUAUUUUUAUACUCGGCUUGUAAAGCGUUAAGGAAAUGUCAGAUAACCAGAGCUGGAACUCCUCCGGUUCCGACGAAGAUUUAGAGCCCAGAGAGGAGCCAGGACAUCCUGUUUGUAUCGGCGAGUUCAGCGGCGUCCUCAGUAAGUGGACAAACUACCUUCAUGGCUGGCAGGACCGUUGGGUGGUGCUGAAAAACAACACACUCAGCUACUACAAGUCUCAGGAUGAGACGGAGUACGGGUGCCGGGGUUCCCUCUGCCUCAGCAAGGCCAUUAUUACCCCUCAUGAGUUUGAUGAGUGCCGGUUCGACAUAAGUGUAAAUGACAGUGUGUGGUACCUAAGAGCACAAGACCCAGAGCACAGACACCAGUGGAUUGACUCCAUUGAGCUGCACAGGAGUAUCAGAGAGGGAAGGAGAGACAGGGGAGGAGUCCAGGGAACAAUAAUCAUCCCUCCACCACUGGCCGAUUUGGGAUAUGGGUCAGAGUCCAGUCUGCGGAGACAUGGCUCCAUGCUGUCUCUCACCUCAGCUGCCAGCGGCUACUCCGCCACCUCCACAUCGUCCUUCAAGAAGGGUCACAGCCUGAAAGAGAAGCUGGCAGAGAUGGAGACCUUCAGAGACAUCCUGUGCAAGCAGGUGGACACGCUUCAGAAAUACUUUGAUAGCUGUGCUGAUGUGUCCAAGGAUGAGCUGCAGAGAGACAAAAUUGUGGAUGAUGAUGAAUAUGACUUCCCCAACACCCGGACAGAUGAGGAGUUUCUGCAUAACAACAAUGGCAGCAAAGAAAAAGGAAUAGAUUUUAAGGGUGAAGCCAUCACAUUCAAGGCCACCACAGCGGGGAUCCUAGCCACUCUGUCCCACUGCAUCGACCUCAUGGUGAAGAGAGAAGACAACUGGCAGAAGAGACUGGAUAAGGAGAUGGAGAAGAGGCGAAGAAUAGAGGACAGCUAUAAAUCGGUCCUCAACGACUUGAAGAAAAAGUCUCACUUCGGAGGUCCAGAUUAUGAGGAGGGUCCAAACAGCCUCAUCAAUGAGGACGAAUUCUUUGAUGCAGUUGAAGCUGCUCUUGACAGACAGGACAAAAUUGAGGAACAGUCUCAAACUGAAAAGACGAGGAUACAGAGAUCCAGCCCCGUCCCCUGUGGAGACGUCUAUUCCAGCAUCGGCUCUCACAGAUUCUCUGACAAGGUGGAGGAGAUGGUGCAGAAUCACAUGACCUACUCCCUGCAGGAUGUUGGUGGAGACGCCAACUGGCAGCUGGUUGUAGAAGAAGGAGAAAUGAAGGUGUACAGGAGAGAGGUAGAAGAAAACGGGCUAGUUUUGGACCCGCUGAAGGCCACCCAUUCAGUAAGGGGGGUGACCGGUCGCGAAGUCUGUCACUAUUUUUGGGACACCACCUACCGCAACGACUGGGAGACCACCAUUGACAGCUUCAAGGUCGUGGAGACGUUGUCCGAAAACGCUGCGAUUGUCUAUCAGUUGCACAAGCGGGUGUGGCCUGCUUCUCAGAGGGAUGUGCUCUACCUGUCUGCCAUGAGGAAGAUCUUGGCCAACAGUGAGAACAGCCCAGAAACCUGGCUGGUGUGCAAUUUCUCUGUGGAUCAUGACGAUGCUCAGCUGACCAGCAGGUGUGUCCGUGCCAAAAUCAACAUUGCCAUGAUCUGUCAGACCCUAGUCAGCCCCCCAGAGGCAGGCAGACAAAUCAGCAGGGACAACAUUGUGUGUAAAAUCACCUAUGUCGCCAACGUGAAUUUUUUAGGCUGGGCUCCUGCCUCUGUGCUCAGGGCCGUGGCCAAGAGGGAGUACCCCAAGUUCCUCAAGCGCUUCACGUCCUAUGUCCAGGAAAAAACUGCUGGCAAACCCGUCUUGUUCUGAAGCUCACAGUGUUGACACACAAGGACAGAUGUCCCCAUGAAACGUUGAGGAUCCACUAUCUGCAAAAUGAGAGCUGCCCUGCCGCCCGACCAGUCCAGUCUGUUUUGUCCCAGUUCUUGGCUACUAGUUAGUUCCAGUAGGGGAGAAAUGUUUGUACUGGUUCCCUCUGGUGGUUACAUUCAAACAGCUGGGAGACGACCCUUUAAACUUGUACCAUUAUCAACAUUUCAGCAGCAAUUACUUUUUGCCCGUUCAUUGUAGGUUAAUUAAUAAAUUGGUGGUAAUCAAAAGAUUAUUGAAAAUUCAGUGAGUUUUCCUGUGUCCUGAGAUGAGUGCACCCAAGUUCUGCAGAUGCUUCUCAUCACAGCUGAGAACUGACAUGUUCGGUGGUCUCCCUGCUGUCAGUAUAUUAAUAUAUAAAUGUAUGUUCUAUAAGAAGUUUGUACAAAUAAAGAUCUUCGCUAAUAGACUGAAA